GUGCUCGCCAUCACUCGCGCCGCCGCCCACAAAUCUCGCGGCUACGACUCCGAGGCGGCACGCCAAUAUAUCCGCGAGAAGUUCAUCGAGGCGAAUGCAGAUGGGAUGACUCCGUAUGACUGGCAGGUCGACGUCACAGAAGCGACGAAACUCGGGUUAGACUGCAUAGUUAUCGCAGGGACUGGCGCGGGAAAGACGAUGCCGUUUGCGAUGCCCCUCUUGGCGGAUGAAACAGGCCGGAAAAUAGUGGUGGUUAUAUCACCACUCAAUGAGCUGGAGAGAGAUCAGGCUGAGCGGUUUCGCAAGAUGGGCCUGACAGCUACCGCGAUCAAUAAAGAGGAUUACUCGGAAAAGCUGCACAAGGACAUCGAAGAUCGCAAGUACCGCAUGUUACUCACGGGUCCCGAGAUGGCUCUUGAGCACGAGAAGUUCUCGAAGCUGCUCCGGUCGCCCGCGUUCGCCAAAGACAUCGCCGCGAUCGUUAUAGACGAGGCGCACUGCAUCUCCCAGUGGGGCGACAGCUUCCGGAAGAAGUAUGGCGAGUUGGGCCGGCUUCGCGCUCUCGUGCCCGUCGGGAUCCCUUUCCUAGUUACUUCAGCCACCCUUCCUCCACUCGUGCUCUCGGAUAUCCAGACGAAACUUGGCUUCUCUACGAGGUCGACGUUCUUCGUGAACCUGGGCAAUGAUCGGCCAAACAUUACCCCUCUCGUCGUGCACAUGAAAGGUGGUGCUAGUGACCUCUCGGCACUGGACUUCGCGGUAAACGAGGCUCUCGCCGGCGGGCCCUUGGUCAAGACGCUGAUCUUCUUCAACACACGAGACCUGGCGUAUAGAGGCCUCCAGCAUCUGAGGAAGCUGCUGCCGGAUGCCUAUAAGGACAAGAUCGACUUUCUGCAUGCUCUUCGUGGCGAGGAUUCAAAACGGGAGGUCAUGGCGCGAUUUCGUAAUAAUGAGCUGUCGAUUUUGUGUGCGACUGAAGCAGCUGGCAUGGGCCUCGACAUCAGCGACAUACGUCGCGUGAUACAGUUCAUGGUGCCGACCUCGCUAUCUCAAUGGCUCCAGCGCUAUGGCCGGGCGGGUCGUGAUGGCAAGCCAGCCAUUGCGAUACUGCUAGCUGAGCAGUCCGUGUUCAAAAAGGUCAAGCCGCGGACGGCCAAGCGGGAUACGGCAGAGGAUGCCGACGACACCGACGAGGAUAAGGUCUUCCAGAAGAAGGUUGAAGAGGGUCUACGCUCCUGGCUCGAGGCGUCAAACUGUCGGCGAGAGGUAGCUGACGAGUAUUUUGCCAAUCCGCCGAGCGAGAGACGUAAUUCCUUGCAUUAUAUGUAAAGUCUGCUACCUGACAAACUUGCGACUAAGCUUGCGCGCGCUGCCUGGAUGACGACUCUGGAUGACUUGCGUACUGGCCUGUCUGACUGGGCUUUCUUCGAGGACCAUGGCGAAGAGCUUCUGGGGGUGGUGCGGUCUGCUGACUCAUACUGGUGCGAGCAAAACGAGCACGGGAAGCGAGGACGAAGCGACCAGCGUAAAGUACAAACUGCCGAGAACAAGGCUAUCCGUGAGGAACAGCGGCGUCUCGAGAAGCUGGCCGUCCCCAAGCCGACGACAUCUAGCUUGCGAGAAGAUGUACGAUGCGACGUGUUGCAGGACCGUCUGCUAC